AUGUUUUCUUACAUCAAAAGUGUGCUCUUUGGAGAGGGAUAAGACCCAUCAAAUUCCAAGUCAAAGCAUCCCCAUAAUCGCACACAAUUUUCAUAGGAUGCUCGCUAUACGUCUGCAAACAAAGGGGGCUUAAACAGUCAUAUUAACGUCAAGAAAAGUGAUAACUAGAUACUUUUGACAUCAGAGAUGGAAAAUAUAAAUGAUCAAAAGAAGUAAAAGCGAAAUUAAUCUGUUAAAAAUCAAAUGUAUUCAGGCUAAGGGGUAAUAUCUACUAAUAAACCAGACCUUAAUCUCUCAUAUUACAAGAGUAAAAUGUAGGCCAACAGUGGCAUACCUCUCAAAAAUAAAAAUGAUGGAAUUGAAACGAUAAGAGUAUCAAUGGAAUCUAAAAAUCAAUCGAGUGCCAAUUUUGUUCAGAAAAGAGUCAAUAAAGAGAAACCUCCAAGUGGAAUAGGCAAAAAUUUCAUUAAUUUAAGUGGUGUUGAGAAAAUUGGUGGUGUAAGCAGCUUAAACCACCAUCAUCCUACCAGAAAUCAAUAAAUAUCAAUAGGAUCAUCUAGUCAUUACGAUCACAGUCCGAUGGUAGUUCCUAUUACUUCUACUGAGGAGAUUUCUUUGAAAGAAUAUUAGGAAAUGAGAAAGCUGAUGAAUUGUCCGGAACCCUCAACAGUUCCUUAAUCAGCCUAUGUUUCUCUUCUAGGGAGUGGAUUUUCUUAAAUCAAGGAGCGAAGGCGAGAAAAAUAAAUGAUGAUGAAUCUUGGAUCAACCUAAAAAUUACCAAUCUUAGAGCCUUACUUAUCCAAAGUAGGAGAUCAGAUGGUCGCUUCUCGCUAAGCUUUUGAAGAUGAUAACGAUGGAUCAUAAAGUUAAAAUAAUCAUUCAUAAGUUAAUGAAGCAGAAGACAGAAAAGAAACAGAGCAACUGCCACUCACAAAAGACUUCAUGGGAAUAAACUAUGAUGACAAGGAGGAGAGCAAAAGUGAUCUUAAAGCGAAAAGGAAAUCACAUAAGAUGAUUAAACUUAACAGUAAUAAUAAUAUUGUCAAUAACUACAAUAAUGAUUCAUCUGAUGAGAUGAAUGGAAUGGAUGUCGAGUUCAAUGAAAUGGAGAGGAAUGUUGCUCAGAAAUCAAUCAGAAGAUCUGUGGUCAAGGAUAAACUUAACUGGUCUUGUCAGUUUGGACAAGGAGUUUUAAGCAAAAAUACUAAAACUUUAGAUGGUAUUUAAAAGCUCUUCAUGGACUCAAGAGGAGCUGCUCAUGCCAUAAGUUCCCUUAAAAAUAAUAAAAAACUCUAUCAAAUUUCAGAUAACUCCAUUCUCUUCGAUCUUUCGAUGCCAUAGAAAGACCUAAAAUGCAUCUCUAUCAAUAUGCUUAGUAAGAAUUUAAAGAUAAUUGACUUGCAGAAUAACAAAUUAGAAGUAUUACCGGAGGAAAUAUCAGAAUUGAUGCAGCUAGAGAUACUUAAACUAGACUAUAAUCAUCUCAAAAGUUUGCCAAAAAGACUUCGACAGUUAACGAAACUGGAAACAUUAAGAAUAUGCAAUAAUCAUAUAACUGAAUUGCCUGAUGGGAUUGAAGACCUUGUAAAUUUAAGGAAACUAAUGAUAAGUGACAAUAAGAUUAGAAGACUUACACCAAAGAUAGGUAAUCUGUAUUUACUGAAAGUAUUACUCUUGCAUAAUAACCAACUAUGCGAAAUACCUACAGAGAUUCACAGAUUGAAUAAGUUGAAUGAAUUCAGUUUAGACUGGAUGGUAUACUUAAUCCCCUAAUAACCCAAGAUUAUGAGAGAUUCGUAGGGUCUUAAAAUUAUUGAUCAAAUAAAGUAAUUUUGCAAAGCUAAACAGAAUAAAUACAGUAAUGAAGAGGCAAUUUAAAGAAUUUAGGAAGCGACCUCUGAGUAUAAGUCAUUCGCAGAUUUCAUUUUAUACUUUCACAAAGUUGAGCCCUAUGACAUUAACAAAAUUUCAUUUGAUAAGAAAAAACGUGGGCUAACACUUUAUUUAUGUUGCAAUGGUGAUUCGUACCUACUUGAAAGUAUAGUGAACUCUCAGCAAGAUUCAAACUGUUCAGCCUAUCAAGUGAACUAGUUUAUUGAUCUUAACUAAAUUGAUAAAGAGGGAAUGAAUGCAUUUAUGAUUGCAAUCAAGAAGAACUAAAAUGAAAUCAUCAAGACUCUUUUAAGUCUUAGCCAUAAUCGUCUAAAUCUGAGGUAAUACUCCCCUACUCAUGGCUCUAUUCUACAUUUAUGCAUAUACUAUCAUAAAUUUGCAUUGGCUUUGUAACUUAUAGAAGAGAAAAGGCUCAAUUGUAAUUCCUAGAAUGCAAAUGGAUCAAUUGCUCUGCAUUUGAUAUUUGCGAAUUAUAUGAUAGAUGAGGUAAAUGCUGAGAAAUUGAGCAGAAAACUUAUUCAAGACACUCACAAUAUAAAUGUCCUUGAUACUAAUGGACUUACACCGAUUCAUGCAGCUAUUAAAAAGUUUGCUACUAAAGCAUUGGAAUUAUGUAGAGAUCAUAAUAAAUAAGUCAUGAGUAAUAAUGACUCUAAGUAGCAGUUAUUUGAUUUUAACAUGAAAGGCAAAAAAGAUCAUACUCCUCUUCAUUAUUCUAUAUAUAAGCAAAACUAUGAAGCCUUUUAAUUUUUACUGAGAGAAAAUCUCGCUGAUAUUUGGUCAAUGGAUGUAUUGUUUUAAACACCAAGAAGACUAUCUUUAAUUAAUACUCCUUUCUAUAAAAUAAUGUUCUAGUGUGAGAGGAAAUUUAUUUUCGCUUCAGCAGCAAAACAUUACCAAGAAAAGAUAAAAUCGAUAUAAAAACAAAUAACAUAGAAUAUAUAAUCUAACACCACACAGCAGAGAAAUAAAUUAACUCACAAUAGAUCUGUAGAUGUUGGGCUUAGAAGGCUCCUUGAAAUUAGUCAUAACAUGCUAGGUGAAGAAAACAGUUUAAUUCACUUAAACAUUUGCCAUAGAGUUGUAAAGCAAGAACUUUUAAAAGAUAGUGCUUCAAAAAUUACUAGUCGCUCGAGAGUCUUCAUAAAUUAAAAAGAUAAUAUUUAGAUCUUUAAAAAGAAAAACUCCAAUCAAGAAAAACCCUCACAUAAUGUAAAUUAGCAGCUGACAUAAAGAGUGACUUUGAAGAAAGCUGAUUCUCAAAAUAUUAAAUCAAAUAAUAGAUAUAAUAAGGAUCAAAUAAAUACCAGCAGAAAUUAAUAGCUAUUUGAAUACAAACAACAGCAAUAUAAUAAUAGCAAAAUGAAUUAAAACAUCCCACAUCACCAAAACAUGAUGAUAAUGGAUGCAGGUGGUGCCAACAUAAGGCAGGAGUAAAAUGUGGUUAACAACAUAUUCAUAUCUAAUCUAAACAUCAAUCUCAAUCUGAACAUUAAUAUAAGCAUACCUCCUUCACCAAUGAGUACAAAGGGUAACGGGAGUCAUAUGGAAAGCAAUUUCUCAAAUGAAGAGUCAAAAGAAUUUCAGCAUGCCACUAAUACUAAUAAUAACAAUAAUAACACCAAUAACAUGAUCAUUAACAACAACAAAAGUCAAUAACCUUAAGAUAGCUAAAGAAGCGAAUUACUUAAUGGCAUUGUUCCAAGAUUAAGCAAUAGAGGCCUCAAUGGAUUAUAUGAUCAUCACCCAAGCAACAUAUCAGUGAGGUAUGAAGAUCUAUCCGUUAUUGAUGAUGAGAUGCCUAUUACAAACAAAAUCAAUAAAAAUUUGAAACCCGAGCAAAUACAAGGACUAAUUGAUAAAAUCUAACCUGAGAUUUAUAAGAAUAUAACUUAGACUUUCUCUAAAAACAAUCAAAUGAAGGAAUAAGUUUCUGGAAUGAGUCCAUCACAAAGAAACCUAAAAAGCAACAUUUUUAUAAAUGUUUGCCAGUUCAAUAAUAAUGCUAAAACUGAGAGAAGUAAUCAGCAUAAUAACUCUGAGGAUAUUGAAAUUUCUUAAUAUCAGGGAAAAUCUCCUAGGAAGACAAAUACUCUAAAGCAAUCUUUUAAAAUAAUUAAUAAUGGCUUUUAAGAGUCAAGCAGUUUCGUGGAGUAAAAUAAUGAAGCAAUGAAAAGGAAUUUCUCCUAGAUAUUAUAGGAAGAACCGAUUCAUACUUGCAAUAAUUAGAUAGAUCAGACGAAAUUCAAUUCAUCUGUUAAAAAUAAUGACAAAACUUUUAUGAGUUACCUCAGUAAUACAAAAUUCGCUUCUAAUUCUACAUCUUAGUAUGCGAAUACCAAAGAAAUAUAAAAUAACAGAUUUUUCAAAGAGUAUCUGAUUUUAACCAGUGAUAAGGAACUUAUGUCAGUAAAGUAUCAAGUCUUGUACUAGUUUAUCUCCAAACUAUAAAGCAUGCUUGAUCAUGCUGUUAUCAAAGAUGCAAUUGAGAUUUCCAUUAAGAUAAUUAGCACUGUUAGUUAAAGAAAUCCCAUUGUGUUUGAGUUGACCUAUAUGGUGUCUUAGUAUUUGACAUAGAAUUAGGACUAGAAUAAUUAUUUGGAGUAGAUUCAAUCUUAGAUUUUUUAUGAAAAUACUCAACAGUCACAACAAAAUAUUCAUCAAAAGCCAAUCAUCAACUAAUCACUGAUGAAAGCAGAAAUUAUCAAUGCUUUGCAAAUAAAAGAAGUAGCCUUAAAGCUGCAGCCUAAGCAAUACCCUUAGAUUUCUUCGAAGUUGAAUUAGUAUCUCCAAGAAAACAAAAAAAGAGUACCCUCAAAUUAAUCUAGAAGUGUUACUCCUUAAGUUAAUAUUCUUAAUAAUAGCACCAAUGCUAUGAAUCUCAAAUAAUAGCUAUAAAAGCAGCAUGAGUUCAGUAGAGAAUUUAAUAUGAUGAGUUUGGACGAGCAAAGAUAUCUGGAGAAAAAAAUUGAGGCUAAGAAAAGGAUAAAUAUCAUCCACACAUCUAUUGAUGAUGGGAACGUAACUACUGAGAGAUUUAAUGGAACACUCAAGCUAUCCUAAUUAAAGAUUUUGAGUUCACAGCAUCAAUAAGUGUUCUCUCCCUCUUUGAAAGAUAGAAUCCCCUAGAGUAAGGUCAAUAACUUCACUUCAGUUAGAAAUAGUUAAUAAGCAGAGUAAAAAACAAGCAGAUUAUAAGCGGAUAAGAUAAAGAGUAUUGGAAAGGUAGCUUCCUAGAGCUUGCAAGGGUAUCAAAUUAGUAACAAUUUUGAGAGGAAAAGAUUGAACACACAAAAUAACAGUCAUCUAAAAAAGAACUUAUUUGUAUGA